AUGAACCCAAGAAGUGGUCGUGCCCAGGGACUGGAUCGCCACCAGAAGAAGAGGACCACCUUUAGCAGAGGGCAGUUGCUGGAGCUGGAGGGUGAGCUUGCAGCGCCUUAUCCUGACAUCAGUUCUUCUGAUUACCUGUGUCGUUCCAGAACCAGGGCCCACAUGUCUUCAGAGCAUGCAACAACCCAGACCUCACUGGGCAGCCUGUCUGACCUCAUCUAGGCCUCGGCUGUUGUCACCAACCUGGACCACUUCUAA